AUGGCGGCUCUAGUUGCGAAAUAUUCCGUUCUUCCUGGACUCCAUACGGCUUUGGAGACCCAGGAUUUCCACGCAAGUGGUGCUCUGUACAACACACUUCUUGAUGACUCUAACCAGCCCCCCGUUGCUGAUGCGUAUAUUACCGACCUUGCGGAAAUUUUCAUUCGUCACAAUGUCGAAAAGGUAUUUGGGAUUCACUUGAUCCACGGUCACUUCAAGAUUCCCAAAGGCACCGUCAUGCUCGGGACCAACUUUGAAAGCCCCUCCCUUCGGUGGACUAAAGUCACCGAUAUUGACAAGAUUGAUCCCUCCCGUGUUCAUGGACACAUCUUCGCCCUGGCUGAGGACGGGCUGUGUGCUUACGAGCUACAGGAUGGGCCUCUUCCUGACUUAUCUGGCGUUGGACCGGAGUUUCUUGACGAGUUCAUUAACUAUAUUGUCAAGAACAAUCUCGCAAGUCUCAUUGGUCUUCAAGUCCUUGGGUGCAGUGAUAGCUCCAUGUCGGAACUCAUUCUCGAUCAUGGAACUGUCAUGCUGGAGUCGACUUAUGUCAAGAACACUGUGCCAACCCGCAUCACAGGCUGGAAAUUCGAGAUGACUGGUGGUAGGCCGCGUGUUUGCUCUGCAAAUGAAACCCAUGCGGCUAUGACAUCGGGCAAUCACAAGGUCUUCAAUGCAGGGAAGCCUCUUCCUAAACUGGAAAAUGUCGACGAUCUGAAGGCAGCUCUCACUAUGGCUGGUAUUCUUUAA